UUUUUGAUUAUUCUAAUAGUCGGAUAUUGAAAAAGAAGAUUAAUAAAUUUAAAAUGUUUUGACAAAUUUAAAGGUCAGGUCUUAGCAAACCAUUUAAGUUAAAAACAUCUAGUGAUCACCUUGACGUAAAAAUAAUGUCACUUAUAUAUUUUUCAUAAAUUUUGUUCUUCAAAUUUUCGUUCAUUUUCAUCGCAACAAUUCCCCUGCAUAAAUCAAAAAAAAAAUUAUAAACAUUUCCAAAUCCACCAGGAUUCCGUGUGACUUGCGCAGUCGUUGAUAUUCUGACAUUUCACAACUGUGUGUCGUGUGUGAAUGUACGGCUUUUGUGAUUCACUAAAGACGCUUUUCCUGAAUUUUACACUGGAAGUUUUUACAUUAAAAAACUUCUAUCACACGUCCUGAAUUGUUAUAAUAUGAGUAAUGCACCCAACCAAAAUGGAUCAGGUCUAGAGCAGCAGUUUGCUGGUCUGGACUUGCAGAGUCGCAGCUCAAACAGCAGCGGCCGUUACGUGCCCCCACACUUGCGUAAUAAGCAACAAAGUCAACAACAGUCGCCAUCUACCGACAGCUUCGAUAAGGAUCGUUACGAUAAUAGAGAUCGUUACGACAACAGGGACAGAGAUCGCGGCGCACAAGAUUCAAGAGAUAGAGGUGGCAGCCGAGGAAGCAACAGAGGCUUCGGCGGUGGCAGCGGCAGAGACAAUAGGGAUAGUAGAGAAACCAGAGAAAAUAGAGAUAGUAGGGACAGCAGAGGUGGAGAUUUCUCCAGCUUUAACACAAGAAAUAGAAGAGAUUAUCAAAAUGGAGAGUCUUUUGAAAGGAAUGAAUGGGGUAGUAGCCGCAAUAACGACAGGGACAGGGACCGUAACGCCGACGUUCAACCACGCAACGAUCGCUGGCAGGAGCCGGAGCGUCCUGCGAGGACUAGCGAGAGCAGAGAUGGCGGUAGCGGAGGACGAUGGAACGACAACGGAGGCGGCGGUGGUCGCUGGAGCGAAAACCGCCGCAACAUCUCGUCCGAAAACGAUUGGACUGUUCCCUUAUCCAGGGACGAACGUCUUGAGCAAGAGCUCUUUGGUACUGGGAACACCGGAAUCAACUUCAGUAAAUACGAAGAUAUACCGGUGGAGGCGACGGGAGACAAAGUGCCGCGUCACAUUACAUCUUUUGAGGAAGUACAGCUGACAGAAAUAAUUCGCAGCAACAUUACAAUGGCUCGUUACGAUUCCCCCACUCCGGUGCAGAAGUACGCGAUACCGAUAAUCAUAUCGAAGAGAGACGUUAUGGCGUGUGCACAAACCGGAUCCGGCAAGACGGCCGCUUUCCUGGUACCAAUUUUGAAUCAGAUGUUCGAAAAUGGCCCGCCAAACAUACAACACGGAAGAAGUAGACGCAAGCAGUUCCCUCUAGGAUUGGUCCUUGCACCGACGAGAGAAUUGGCUACGCAAAUUUAUGACGAAAGCAAGAAAUUUUCUUAUAGAUCAAGAGUUAGACCAUGUGUAGUUUAUGGAGGCGCACAUAUCGGUGAUCAAAUGCGCGAACUGGACCGCGGAUGUCACCUCCUUGUCGCAACUCCAGGUCGUUUGCUCGAUAUGAUCGAACGAGGACGCAUCGGUCUGGAUUAUUGCCGUUACUUGGUGCUCGAUGAAGCUGACAGAAUGUUGGAUAUGGGUUUUGAGGUGCAAAUUAGACGAAUCGUCGAAAAAGAAACCAUGCCCAAAACUGGAGAGAGACAAACACUUAUGUUCUCAGCCACUUUCCCCUCACCCAUACAAAUGCUAGCCAGGGAUUUCUUGGACAAUUAUAUUUUCUUGGCUGUAGGAAGAGUUGGUAGUACUUCCGAAAAUAUUACACAAAAGGUGGUGUGGGUAGAAGAACACGACAAAAGAUCCUUCCUAUUGGAUUUACUCAACGUUGCAGACUUACAACAACCUUCACCAGAAAGUUUGACACUGGUUUUCGUCGAAACCAAGAAAGGUGCCGACUCUUUGGAAGAAUUUUUACAUAUUGAAGGAUAUCCAGUGACAUCAAUCCACGGAGACCGUAGUCAGAGAGAAAGAGAAGACGCUCUGAGACAAUUUAGAUCAGGAAACACUCCGAUUUUAGUAGCAACUGCUGUAGCUGCCAGAGGAUUGGAUAUUCCACAUGUUAAACAUGUUAUUAAUUUCGAUUUACCCUCAGAUAUUGAAGAAUACGUACACAGAAUUGGUCGUACGGGUCGUAUGGGCAACCUCGGUCUUGCGACAUCAUUUUUCAACGAUCGCAACAGAAACCUGGCCAGUGGCUUGCUAGACAUUUUGAUCGAAGCAAAACAGGAGUACCCCAGUUGGCUGGAAGGCGUAGCAGCCGAUGGAAGAGCACCCAGCGCCAAUAGAAGAGGUGGCAAGGGAAGAUAUGGCAGUGGUGGUAGUAGUUUCGGUAGCAGAGAUUACCGUCAAACAUCUGGUGGCGGCAGCCAAAGAGGUCAAAGGUCUGGCGGUGGUAGCGGAUAUGGAAAUAAUGGAUACGGUAAUGGAGGUAGCCAUUAUGGAGGCAUGGACAGAGGUAGCAACUUUGGAGGAAACUACAGCAACUCUAAUAAUCGUGAUGACUGGUGGGAGAAAGAAUAAGUCACUUCAAUAAUUGAUUAGAAUAAAAUUACUUAACACGUACCUACUACCACCAAUUCGUACAUCUAGUAAUCCAAUAACUUUCAAUGUCCGUGUUUUUCUUCUACCCUUCCCGCACUCUCCCCGAUGAUAUUUAUUCUUUCCGAAGUUUUAUUUAUUAUCAGAAAUCAAUUUCCUUGACGCUUCUAGUAAUCCCAACAAACACACACACUACGUUUGCGUGAGUGAUAAUGUGUUAUUUUUUUUUUCAAUUUCAAACAACUUUAUGUCUCUUGUAUAGGAAACUUAAUGGAAAUAAUAGGGAAAGUAUCGUUAAGAGUACGUGUAUGUUUUUUUUUAUUUUUUACGAGAAGUUUGUGAUUCUAAGAAAAAUAGUUUUAGCAGAUAAGUUUGGUGUUUUCUUUUUGUGAAUCUCGUAUAUUGCAAAAUAUAUUUACAUUUAUCCUAACGAUAAUAAAAAAAACGUAGAUGUUUCACCGAUUUAAAUAUUGAAUUGUCACGGUAAAUAAUUAAAAGUUCGUUCUGUAGCUAUUCCAUUUUUGACAUUUCAUUUUUUUAAAUUUAAUAUCGAAAGUUUUUAUUAAAAUAAAAGUAGUUUAAAAAAAAUAUAAAAAAUGCUACUCUUAUAACUUGUUCUUGUUGUAAUAUUUUAUAUUCACUG